GUUAUUUAACCCCUCUUUAACUUAUUUGCUUUUGUUUCUUCUUCUUCUUGACUUAUACCCUAGAGCUGCCCUUGGAUGUCGUUGAGAGCAAAACGUAAUGGCUUCUCUCUUCAAGGACUUGGCCAAGAUUUCAGCAUAUAGGGAUAGAAGGUUUCCAGGAACACAAGAAGAAUUUGAAGAUGCUUUGCUAAAGGCGACAACUGUUUAUGUGGGGAACAUGUCCUUCUACACAACAGAGGAGCAAGUAUAUGAGCUGUUCUAUCGUGCUGGAGAGAUUAAAAAGAUAGUUAUGGGAUUGGAUAAGAAUUCCAAAACUCCUUGCGGGUUCUGCUUUGUAAUGUUCUACUCUAGGGACGACACUGAAGAUUCUGUCAAAUAUAUCAGUGGGACAAUUCUUGAUGAUCGCCCUAUUCGUGUGGAUUUUGACUGGGGAUUUCAAGAUGGUAGGCAAUGGGGCCGUGGUAGGAGUGGUGGACAGGUGCGCGACGAAUAUCGUACUGACUACGAUCCAGGUCGAGGUGGUUAUGGAAAAUUGGUCCAAAAGGAGUUGGAAGCACAGAGGCAGCUAGUGGAUUAUGGUACUGGAUCAUUGGGCGCUUACCCACCAGUUAUGCCGCCACCUCACUAUGGCAGACAUGGUGGAAAUCAAGGUCAAGGAGGUUCUUAUCGACACGGUAGAGACUAUCAUCGCAAGCGACACAGGGAAGAUGACCACCAUCGGUCAGAUUAUCCAAAGAGGAGUUACAACCGUGAAUCUCAAAGAACCUCUGAUCAUGAGUCCAGACCGGAGAAGAAUCCACGUUUCCGUGAGAGUGGUGAUUCUGAUGAAGAGGAUGAUGAUGAUAGGAAGCAGCGUACUUAGUUUUAUUUCCAGAUGUAGAUUGCUCGGAGAAGUGUGUGUUACUUGAAAAGAGUUGUAACACCUGCUAGCGUCAAGUUCCUUUGUAACUUGUGCUUACACAAUUAAAAUGUUGUACAUUAGAAAUGUUGCUUCUCACUCUUAUUAUUUCUUACCUUCUUUUCUAUGUAUUUCUGAUGGUGUCAUUGAUGAAGUCCCUCAGUGUACCCUAAGCAAUAUAGCCUCAGAUUUGGAAAUUA